GCAGUGCAUCUGAUUUUUAUUUCCUCUGACUGUGGGUCUCUGGUGAAGGCCAGCAGUUUGGCUGGCAGUUUGCAGACAGGCUCCUGUGCUCUCCUCACCUCGGGUGAACCCUCGUGCUUGAAGUCCCAAGACCUUUUCCUCCACAAAGGCCCACUGUAGUUCAGCACUGUUUCAUUGGAGCAGAUGUUCACUUGGACAGUAACUAAUUUGGUGUUUGUGCAUGCAGUAACCCUGCACUCCCAUUGCAAAUUCAUGUGGUUAUUGAAUGCUUGUGUGUAAAUUAAUAGGGCUCUCAUGUAUGGACACUAAAUCCUGCAACUCAUGCUCAGGAGUUCCCAAAAGCUGUGUGGAGGCUACAUUGAUGGAGUCUGGUUGGUCUGGGGGAAAGGCACACUGGGCUCUGACUUUGCCCACAGUGUGCUGAGCUGCUUGGGCUGUCUUGUGAUAAGGGAGGGGUCCUGGUGGGGGCUACAAAGCAGGAGGACCAUGGGGCUGGGGAAUAGCAUUGCUCAGGAGACUUUGAGCUCAUUUUUAUGCCUAAACCUGGCAGCUGACAGUAGGAACACUGAAGGAGCUGGAGCACUCUGCUUGGGAAUGGGAUGGUUCAGAGACAGAUGAUCAAAUGAAGCUUUGAAUAUUUGACCUACAAAAAUCUGCAACGAGUCUUACGUGUGAAACAGUAGCUGUGAAUGAAGGGCAUUUUGCAUGUGCAAGGAGGGAGCUCCUGGUGCUGCUGCCAGGUGCUCUUGCCCUGUUCCUGUUCCAUCCGGGAUGGCAGGGCCAGGACAAGCUCCUGCCUGCAGCAGAGCCCAGCACUGGAGCAGAGCCCGGCACUGGGGUCACUGCUGUUGAUAGAGGUCAGUGUAGGGAUUCCUGUUGAGAGCAGCAGUGAAGAAUCUGCCUCUGUGCAGUCCUGGUUUCCCCUUCCAUCCUCCAGUCCUUGUGCUGUCCUCCUUGGAAUGCUGCCAAGCCUGGAUCCUGCUCCUUGGCUGUGGGUGGAGGUGGAGUGGCUCUUCGGUAAACAGAAUUAGAGGCAAAUGUGGGAGGUUCCUGAAGUCACCUGUGAGCUGCCUCCUCCCAUACCUGGACCCGGGCUGCCUGCAAGGCGCUUUAAAUUGCCACUUGGCACAGCCCUGGACGCAGACUUCAUCGGCAUGCCACGAAGCAUCCUCCUGCUGGGGCUCCUCGCCCUGUGGGUGCAGCUGCAGGCAGCACCCAUUGCAGAGUUCCAUGGAGUAGCUCCAGCUGGGUGGCCGCCACCAGGGCAGCUGGGAAGUGCCCUGAGCCUUGAGCCUGGGAAAGAGCCCAGGAUGGUGCCUGAUAAUGGUGAUGGUGACAAUGACAAUAACAGCUUGAACAGCAGUGAAACUGGUGACUCCAAUAGCAGUGAAACUGGUGAUGAUGGCAACAAUGCCAAUGACUAUGAUGGUGAUGAUGGUGAUAAAAAUCAGCUUUGUGAUUGCAAUGACCAUGGUGACAACAACGGUGAUGAUGGUGUCAAUGGUGACAAUUCAAAUAGCAAUGAAGAUGGUGAUGAUGGUGAUAAAAAUGACCUUUUUGAUAGCAAGGACAAUGACAAUGAUAAUGGUGGCAAUGACAGUGAUGAUGGCAAUGAUGAUGGUGAUGAUCUCAUCAAUGAUGAAAAUUCCAAUAGCAAUGAAGAUGGUGAUGAUGGGAUCGGUGAUGAAAAUUCCAACAGCAAUGAUGAUGGUGAUGAUCUCAUCAAUGAUGAAAAUUCCAACAGCAAUGAAGAUGGUGAAGAUGACAUCAACAGUGACAGUUCCAAUAGCAGUGAAGAUGGUGACUCCAAUGACAAUGAAUAUGAUUACUCCAAUAACAAUGAAAAUUAUGCUGAUUAUGGGGGGUGGGGAUUUUAGAUUGUAACAGCUGGGAUUUUCAGAGAUUUUUGGGUUUUUCUUUUGUGGCACCCAGCUCAGGCUACCAGAUUUGAUGAUUGUUCUGUGCCAAUAAAUGUAUCUAGUGAACAUGA